GGGAGGGGCGGGGCGCUGUUCCCUCCUUGCGUCUGACGCAGCGCGCCGGGGGCGGAGCGGAAGUGAGGAGGAGGAGGAGGCGGAAGUGGCUGGGCGUGCGGGGUCAAGAUGAAUUCCAGAGGUGGUGCUGCUCUGUUGAAAGAUAGUAUCCCAAUUACUGAAUUUUCAGCCUCAGGACCAUUUGAAGGUCAUGAUCUUCUGCGUAGAGGCUUUACAAGUGUGAAAAAUGAAUUGUUGCCUAGCCACCCGCUGGAGUUGGCAGAAAAAAAUUUCCAGUUAAAUCAAGAUAAAACAAACUUUGCCACGCUGAGAAAUAUUCAAGGACUCCAUGCACCUUUAAAGCUGCAGAUGGAAUUCAGAGCAGUGAAACAGGUCCAGCGUCUCCCAUUUCUUCACAGCUCAAACAUAGCACUGGAUACUCUGAGGGGAAGCGAUGAAUGCAUCGGUUUUGAGGAUAUCCUUAAUGAUCCUUCACAGAGUGAGGUUAUGGGAGAACCACACAUGAUGAUGGAAUACAAGCUUGGUUUAUUGUAACAAAACGUACUCUGCAAAAGUGUUUUGUGCGUGUCUUUAUACUGCAGAUUUAAAUACAUGAUAAAUUGACACUCACAGUGUUAAGCAGUCCUACAGUUAUCAUUUGCCUUCCUUGAUGACAAGGCGCAUUAAAUGUUUAAAGUCUAUAAAUUGUUCUGUGCUUGUUGUCAAUUACAUAAAUGUCUUGUAACUAGGUAGUUUAAAUAAUGUCUCUUCGUACACUGCUCAGGACAGUAGCUUCUUAACUAUGGAAAUGCUAUAUAUGUAUACAAGAAAUCCAAAAAUACCCAUGCAUUUUAAAACUGAUUACUGUAGGUAAAUGCAUUUAAUGGAUGUUCUUGCAGAAGAACUUUUUAAGGGGGAAAAGAAGGUAUUUUCCAUUGAGUAACUUUGUUCAUGAAAAUUUCCAUACACUUUUUAAACUAUUGAAUAAAAGUUUGCUAUAAA